AUGGUGUUAGACCUGUCCGAGUUUUGUGUGGGAGACCACCCCCGUGCCUCUUUGCCCGGUACUAUGCGAAGGAGCAAGAGGAACAUCAAGUCUAAGCAGUACUGGCUUGUCGAAGAAUACGAUGUUCAGCGGGAUGAGGGUGCGCUGGACGAACUCAUUCGGAGUCUCGCCCUGGCAUCUGCCCCAGAUCACGCUUAUCUGAAAACGAGCUCAGCUGCCUCGUUCGAGCUCGGGAAUCCUCGAAUAACAGAGGCACACUUUGUCGUGCGAAAUAGCAGCACCGGGGCGCUCUACGGUUUUGCGGCGACCUAUCGACUGGGGUCAGUCGGGAUCGUGGGUGCCAUUUUUGUGGACCCGCAUAAGCGGAGUCUCUCAAUUGGUAGAUCCCUCCACAGGCGAGCCAUGAGAAGCCUCGUGCAGGACCGAAACGUCAAGAAGAUGCAGCUAGGGACAGUGUUUCCUGGAGUGUUCCUCGGAAUCCCUGUUGACGAGGGGAGCGCCGUGAAGGACUGGUUCGCGAACAGCGGAUGGGAUGUUCAGUUCCCUCGCCGCCUCACUAACCUAGUUAUCAACGACCUGGAGGCCUGGGCAGCACCCGAGGGGCUUUUGCAAUCCAUCCAGCGAGCCAACAUAAGCUUCGACCUCAUCCACGGGAUCGAGAAUGCUGAAACUGUUCUCUCUCACGUGGGUUCACAGUCUAACCCCGAGGUCAUCGAGCUGUAUAGGGAGGCUUUAUCGAGACAAUGUGGCGUGGUACGGGCCAAGGAUGCCAUUGACCAGCUCCUCGGCACUGUCGUCAUCUGUCGAGAGGGGAACCCCCCCGUGGUGCCACCCUCACCUCAGGGGCUCUUAGUCUUACAGGGCUUGGCUCUCAUGGGUGUUCGCCAGAUCAAGAGCCAAAAGAAGGCCUCCGUAGCCGUACUUACCUGGAUCCUCGAUGACAUGUACGAUUCCCUAAAGGCGAUGGGGUUCGAAACACUCCAGGCAUUUGAAGAAAUUACCAACUCGCCCGAGAAUGUGAGCUUUCCCCGAAGGGUAUCUUUCUUUGCGGACACUAACAUUAUGGGUGGAUUACAUCUUGUCUGCGCAUUCGAGCUGUCACGUCACCCCGCCAUGGAGGAACAAUUUGGAGGUCGCACGGAUGACGCGCUCUUUUUCGAUGACGACUUCGAGCCCGUAAACGCCGAAACUCAACCGACCGCCGAAAUACCGGCCGCUCCCCAACAAGAGCCACCACCCCCGCGACUACUGAGGCGGAGCCUGCCCCUCCGCCCGUUGCCGAGCCCCCAAGGCGAAGAAGGAGCGCGCUCCGCCAAAGCCUGCCCACCAGCCUCCCCGAAAUCGCUUGCGCAAUCCCGCCAUAACACGGCGAGUCCCGCCGCUAGCAAUCGAUCGUCGCCGAGACCUCCCCGCCAGCACCAGAGAGGACCCCCGCCGAGCAGAAACCGCGUUCCCCGCCCCGCCGCGAGAGAAGAAGGACAGGGGAGGCUCCUCGACCCCAAGCGCUCUAACCCCGGCCGCCGCUGCUCCUGCCGUGGAGCCUACGGCGGCGGCGACCCGUCUUUAGAUGCCUCCGCUGCGACUCCCGCCAGCGCCGAAGCGCCUCCCACGGCCCCACGUGCCUCGACACCCUCGUCCACCCCGGGCGCGCAACCCGAUUCGGGCACGCGUCUGCUCUCCGGAGCGAACCCUCGGACCAAGUUGACAGAGGAUGAGUUGGCGGCCAAGAUGGAAAAGAUGCGCAUCCUUUCCGCCGAGAAGGCGCGCAAGUUUGAACAGGCGGAACAGGACCAGAAGGAUCACGACGCCGCGUACGCUAGGGGAAUGGAAGAGGCUAGGAAGAGGAGAGUGGUCGAGGCUGAACGACGGAAAAGGGCGGACGAGGACAGGAAAAAGAUGGAGGAUGAGAGGGCCAAGAACAGGGAGAGGAAGCUCAAGGCACUCGGCAACGCCAAGGACGGAAGUUGGGACGACGGAAAAGACCAGAUGGACUUCCACCAGGAUACCAGGAGGAACUUCAGGUCUGCCAACGGGGGCGUUCGCGGCGCGAAAGCGGGCGGGUUGGCGGGUAGUCGUUUCGCGAACGAGGACGGCGACGAUCAGCGGCAACCGCAGCCUGUUGACGCUCGUGGUAGGGGUAGGGGCCGGGGCAGGGGCGCCGGACGUGGAGGACGGGGCGGCAGGGGUGGCCAUGCGGGUGGAGAUAACGACCCCGUCGGUUCUCAAGAACAGCCAGCUGAUCAAGACCAGCCGCGGCCCGCCAAAGACGACUUCCCAGCUUUGCCUUCUUCUGGGGCGAAACCUGCCGCCUCCAAGGUCGAGCCUGCGCCCAAGCUCGAGGUAGCGUAUAAGAACGCUGCGCUCAAAGGCGCCGGCACCGUGGCCAGCGCGGCACCGCCGAAAAAGGAGCCUGCCGCGGACAAGGGCCCGGCCGAAAAGCCGGUGACCAAGGUCGAGUGGCCUGCAAAGCCGGCGCCUGAGAAUGACAUUCUACCCUUGUCGUCUCCUGUGGGUCGGUGGGACGACGAGAUGGAGGCUUUUGAUGAGCGCAUGGCUAAGCAGUCCUGA